AAAAUUCUCUUCCUCUGCUCUCUAAAAAGCUGAGGCCUGAAAACACUUCCUUCUCCUUCCUAGAGUUCUGAUAUCGCGAGGGGCAAAAAUGGAAAAGAAGGUAUUAAUUGGUAUGGUGCUCUUCGUGAGUAUGGCAGCUCUCAUGGCGUCUCUACAAGCAGACGAAGGGAAAGGGUCUUUCUCAUUCAAAGAUAACUUCGAUAUAAUGUGGGCAGAAGAUCAUUUCAAGACAUCUGCUGAUGGGCAGACCUGGUAUCUCUAUCUCGACAAGAAAACAGGUUGUGGGUUCCAAACGCGGCAGAGAUACAGAUUUGGGUGGUUUAGCAUGAAGCUGAGGCUGGUCGGUGGAGAUUCUGCUGGGGUUGUCACGGCCUACUAUAUGUGUUCAGAUACUGGGCCUGAAAGAGAUGAGCUUGAUUUUGAGUUCUUGGGCAACAGAACAGGGCAGCCCUAUACAAUACAAACCAAUGUAUACAAAUCAGGAGUUGGAGGAAGGGAAAUGAGACAUGUUCUGUGGUUUGAUCCAACUGAGGACUUCCACACCUAUUCCAUUCUUUGGAACAACCACCAAAUAAUAUUCUUCGUUGAUCAAGUCCCCAUAAGGGUGUAUAAGAACACGGAAAAGCCCAACGAUUUCUUCCCGAAUGAGAAGGCAAUGUACAUGUACUCUAGCAUAUGGAAUGCAGAUGACUGGGCCACGAGAGGAGGGCUCGAGAAGACAGAUUGGAAGAACGCCCCCUUUGUCUCUUCGUACAAGGACUUUCAGGCCGAUGGCUGUCAAUGGGAAGACCCUUACCCGGCCUGUGUGUCCACGACGACAGAGAACUGGUGGGACCAGUCUGAUGCAUGGGGCCUCUCUGGUCCUCAAAAGGAGGAUCUUGGCUGGGUUGGGAGGAACCUUGUUAUCUAUGACUACUGCCAGGAUACUGAGAGGUACCCUAAGUUACCUGAGGAGUGUUCUAUUUCUCCAUGGGAUUGAUGAAAAGAUCAGUUGGUAAUUUUCUUUUCUAAGUAAUUGUUGUUGUCUCAAACAGUGGCUGUAAUUUUAUUUAUUUAUUUAUUAUUUUUAGAAUUUUGAGUGA